AUGAACCACUCUACCGAAUCGCUCAACGACGGCGUUACCGAGGAGUUUAAGGGCCUCGGCGUGGAGGACGAUAAGACGGCGCUUACCACGGACAACCUGGAGAAGUUCGGCGGACUCCAGAAAUCCGAGUCCUCCACUCGCUCUUCUUCCAUGAGCCUUCGCUCCUUCAGUACUUCGUCUCGCUCAUCGAUUCGUCGGGAGUACCCAUCUCCGCCACCAUAUCUCUUCGAGAAGUUCCCGGAAUUUUCGAGAGAGCAGAUCAAGGUGUUUGUCGAUAGUUUCUACAAGUUCGACAAGGAUCAGGACUGCUACCUCAACUUCAUGGAGAUCAAGAGAUUCAUGGAGUCAUUGGGAGAGGCGCAAACCCAUCUUGCCACCAUCGACCUUCUCAAGCAGCUGAAGAAGGACAAGAAUGGAAAGUUCAACUUGGAGGAAUUCAUCAUGCUGUUCCGUCUGGCCACCAAGACCGAUGCUGUGUCCUGCCUUUAUGUUUUCAAAAAGCUGGCCGACAGCAUCAACGUCCAGGAGGUCGGUGUCAAGGCGGCCGCGCGUUUCUUCGAGGCAAAGGCUGAGGAGGCUGCCGGGUCGAAAGUCACUAAGGGCAUUCCUGCGAAUGUCGAGGCUGAGCGUUUGGCCGAGUUGGAAAAGCAGCAGAAGCUGGAGGAAGAGAAAAAGGCCAAGAAGGCCAAAUUCCAAAAGUUGGUGCAGAAUUUCCAGUAG